AUGAGCCCGGGAUUCAGGGAAAACUCCACCCUCACCUGCCACCAGCGAAUCCACACGGGGGAAAAGCCCCACGAGUGUGAGAAGUGUGGAAAGAGAUUCAGCCACAUCUCCAGCCUGAUCAGCCACCAGAGGAUCCACACUGGGGAUAGACCCUUCGAGUGUGAGGAGUGUGGGAAGAGCUUCAGCCAGAGCUGCAACCUGAUCCGGCACCAAAGGAUCCACACUGGGAAAAGGCCACACAAGUGUUCUAAGUGUGGGAAGAGGUUUUCCACCAGCUCUGAUCUCGUUAAGCACUACCAGACGAUCGGAGGGCAGAGGAUCCACACGGGGGAGAGGCCCUACGAGUGUGGGGAGUGUGGGAAGCGGUUUCACAUCAGAGGCAAUCUCCUCAGGCACCAGCGCACGCACACAGACAAGAAGCCCUUCCGCUGCCCCGACUGCGGGAAGGGAUUCAGGGAAAACUCCGACCUCAUCACCCACCAUCGCAUCCACACCGGGGAGAAGCCCCACAAGUGUGAGGAGUGUGGGAUGAGCUUCAGCCAGAGCUUCAGCCUGAUCCGCCACCAGAGGAUCCACACUGGGGAGAGGCCCUGCGAGUGUUCUAAGUGUGGGAAGAGGUUUUCCACCAGCUCUGAUCUCGUCAAGCACUACCAGACACACACACAGGAGAGGCCCUACGAGUGUCCUGCUGGUCUCAGUCUGGGUCCGACAGCGGUGCCAGUCUCGGUGCUGGUGCUGAUUCUGUUUUCAGUCUUGGACUCAGUGUCGGUCUUGGUCUUGGUUAUAGAGCGAUCCCAGUUCCAGUGCUGGUACUGGUGCUAG